ACAAAACUAAAAGAAAAUAUGACAUUGACCUAUCUUGUUACUGGUGCUUCUCGUGGAAUCGGACUUGAGUUUGUCAAACAACUCGCUUCCGCUGGUAACACUGUUAUUGCCACUGCCCGUAAUAUCGAAGCAUCCUCUGGCCUCAAAGCUCUUGCUCAAGAUAAUGUAAUCUUGACAACCCUUGAUACCGGCGAUUCCGAAUCUAUCAAGAAAGCUGUUGAGUUUGUCUCAAAGGUUGCUCCUAAUGGUAUCGAUGUCCUCAUCAACAAUGCUGGCGCCACUGGUGAUAUGUCACUUGAUGUUCUCAACUGUACACCCGAAGAUUACAGAAAGGCUUUUGAAAUCAACGUAAUUGGAACAUCUUCAGUUACUCAGGCUAUGCUCCCUCUUUUGCGUCUUGGAAAGACCCGUAAGAUCGUCAACCUUUGCUCUGUUCUUGGAUCAAUUGAGAGAACCGAAAAUGGCAACGCAUGGGGUUUUGGAAUGUCAUAUGCUGUUUCCAAGGCUGCCGAGGGUAUGCUUACCAAGGGAUUCUCGUGUGCACUCAAGGAUGAAGACUUUACUAUUGUUGCUGUUCACCCUGGAUGGGUCAUUACUGAUAUGGGUGGAAAGAAUGGUGAAUUGACUACCACUCAGUCUGUUGAGGGUAUGUUGAAUUGUGUUUACAAGAUGACUACCAAGGACAAUGGUACCUUCUUUGAUUACGCUGGUACUAUUUUGCCCUGGUAAUCCGAGGCUCUAGAUAUCUUGUUUUAUUUAAAUAACAUAAAAUGAAAUACAAAAAAAAACAAACCGAGCUAUUGAUUUUCCAAUAACUAUAAUAUUAAUAAAAAAAAUGGGCAACAUCUUAAAGUGGU